AUUUAACCUUCAAAAGUUCAGCUAAACCCUUUUUAAGAAACCCUUUUUAAGAAUGGAUCUGUUACUUGAACAUUCUCAGUCUUAUCAUCAAUUCAAGUAUGAGAAUGUGAAAAUGACUUCAUGUCCUAUUUCUUGCUGAGCCACUUAUCUACAUUCCCCUUUACAUGUAUCAACAAGAACCUCUCCACAACUGCAAGCACAUGUGAUGAUAUGUGCCUUAAGUAACAUUCUAACUUAUGUAUCUGGUUGGAAGGAUUCUUGUGGCCUGCUAUAAAGCUGCGAAGCUCCUACUAAGUAAUUUAUCCACCCAUACCUCCUUCACUACCUACAAAGAAAAGUAUCGUCCAGCAUGCAAGUUCGUGGUGUUGUUCUUAUAGCAGGUGCCGGUAGCGGAAUCGGUCGAGCUGUCGCCCAGCGGCUGGCUUCUUUAGGUGCCGAUAUCGUGGUCUGCGCCGACUUGAACCUUGAUGCCGCUGAGGAGACAGCGACACUAUGUCGAAGCAUCAGGCAAUCCUCCAGUUCUGAGUCUUUCAAAGUAGCUGCCCACUCAGUCGAUGUGCGUGACGAGGAUGGCGUCGAUAGUUUAGUUAACCAGGUUGCCAAGACUUAUGGACGCCUUGACGUACUUGUCAACACUGCUGGCUUCGGGAAUAAAACACUAUCUCCCAUCCGCGACAUGACCCUUGCCAGUUUCCGCGGCCAGGAUGAUGUACAUAAUAUAGGCUGCUUUUUGAUGACCCGGGCUGCGUUGCGUGUUAUGGAUAAGCAGGACGCCAUAGUGCCGAAUCCAACUGUCAACCAAUCGCCAGUCAGGGGUUCAAUCGUCAUACUCACGUCGAUAGCCUCGGAGGGUGUGUUUCUAGGAGCGGGUAACUACAACGCAGCGAAACAUGCAGUGAAGGGGAUGGUGCAAACGGCAGCCCUCGAGAAUGCGGCAAGGGGCAUUCGGAUUAACGCCGUUGCGCCUGGAUAUGUCUCGGGGCCCAUGAUGGACCAGUUUCUUGAGGCGUCGCCAGAACAUAAGAAAACCAUAGUUGGUGAUCUUCCCAUGGGUAGGCUAGUCCAACCUUCCGAGGUUGCAGACGCGGUGGCAUUUCUUGCUUCUCCGGCCUCAACUUAUGUGAAUGGCCAUACUUUGGUGGUGGAUGGCGGCUGUGACUUCUGUGGCAGGCCCCAUGGCAGUUUCCAAACCUGUACUAUCAGAUACACUUACUUCAAGUCGAAUACUAUGUAUGUACAUACAUAAUGCAUACAUAAUGUACUCACUUUAAUGUUGCACACGAACGUUGGAUACCUACCUAACUUUUGUGGAAGUUUAACCGACAAUGCAAUGUUGAAUCUCAAUAUAUUACCAUCACAUACUUACAAAGCAGCAGCUUCACAAUCAUGAGUGACCAAGCGCUCAUCAAGACAGCGCGGUUCGGUCCACCCUCAUGCGUUCUCUGCGGCGCACCAGCCUCGAUAAAUAAAGAGCUGCAGUUAUGGCUGCGGGAAUUCCGCGCCGGUAUAGAA